AUGUAUCAGCGAGAUCGCUAUGUUCGGAGUCCCGAUGCUGAAAGGGCACUUGAGAGAUGGGAGAGACACCCCCUGACAAUGAACGACAAUGCUUUGUUUCUUGAUGUCGCCAAACGCAUUCUCCGAAUCGACCACCCAGCCGCCCCCCAAGAUCUAAGGGCCACGAUCGAGUCACUGAACCAGUCAAUUAGAGGUGUGAAAGAUGCUUCUUUCUAUACCUCAAAGGCCGAGAUUGACAAGGGAGAUAAUGGAUGGCUACCAGAUUCUGACAGGUAUUCGUAUCAGGCUACACUGGAGUGUAUUCGAAAUUUAGAAAAGGAAGGGGACGCAUAUGCGAAAAUGCUCCACAAUGGAUCACACUACCUCGGACAUGUCGUUGCCGGAAGUGGCAUGAAUCGCACCCGACUCGAUGGAGAUAAGCGUCGAGUGUCCGUUGACUGGGCUCUGAUUCAAAAGUCGAGCAAUAGAAUCCACCGGCAAAUGCAUGAAGAUCACGUCUCUGGCAACAAUUGGUAUGACAGCUUCUGUCUACCACGGCUUAAAAGCAAGGAAGGACCAGGAUACCAUGUCGUUAUCACAUGGGUUUAUAAGUCGGCAACUCCUGAGACUUCCUUUCCAUUCGCAGGACACGGAGACUCUGGUGCUUGGAUAACAAGAAUAGACGGCAAAGUUUUCGGUAUAUUGACCGGAGGUGACGAGCGGCAGGGCACAACCUACUUCUCCCGGAUAAAUGAUGUCUUUGAAGAUAUCAAAGAUAUUACCGGCGCAGUUGAAGUCAGAGUCGCUCCAGUACCUGUUUUGUGGUUUUUGUUUUGUCUGUUUUGA